UUUCUGGCUUUUAUUAGACGAGCUGAUUUUGAGAAGUUCAUCAGACUACAGUCAUCUACAGUAUAUCUAUUUACUUUCUAAGAUGUCCUACCCAGCAACUCUAGAGAAAAUUGGUGGUGGAGGAGGUUCUUCAUUUUCAUUUACGGGUGAGAACAAUGGUGCCAGUUUAGAGAAGAUCGGGGUCUGGGUGGGAGGAUCUCAGGUCAAGGCUGUGAAAGUUUGGCUUUCAGAUGGCAGAAGUGAUAGCUUUGGAUAUCCAUCUGGACCGUAUCAGGAGUACACGUUCCAGCCUGGUGAGUGUUUCACCUCACUGUCCCUCUGGGGGAACGGAGCAGGAACACGUCUUGGAGCCAUCAAAUUCAAGACCAACCAUGGUGGAAACUUUUUUGCAUCAAUGACGAGCUGGGGUUUAAAAACCGAAUAUCCCAUAGAUGUCGGCUCUGGUUAUUGUUUGGGAGUUGUAGGAAGAUCUGGUGCAGAUAUUGACUGCAUGGGAUUCAUGUUUCUCAAUGCAGUUCAAUCAACAGUUCUCACCAAUGUCAACUAUCCCACAAUAAACCAACUGAUACCACAGGUGACCGUGGAAGAGAUCAAAUCUGUCACUUACAGAAAUGGCUCUUCUGCCGAACAACCACAAAAAAUUGAAACCUCGAAGAAAGUGACCAAAACAUCUUCAUGGUCGAUGACUAACAGCUUUACAGCAACAUUUAGUGUGGGAGUGAAGGCAGGGAUUCCAGAUGUUGUAGAAGUUUCUACAGGAUUCAGUUUCACCAUUGGAACAGAAAGCACCUAUAGGCUGGAGCAGACAGAUGAGAGAACCGAAACGCUAUCUAACACUAUAAAUGUGCCACCUAAAAAGAAGAUUGAUGUUGACAUCACCAUCGGCAGAGCCACGUUUGACCUGCCUUACACUGGCACAGUGAUCAUCACUUGCAAGAACGGCAGUGUGUUACAGUAUGAAACCCAGGGUCAAUACAGAGGCAUCACUUACACCGAUAUCAAAAUGGAUAUUCAAGAAUCUGAUCUGUGAUCUGUGUCAAGACGGGUUGUUUUUGGCUGGUCAUUAUCUAAUUUUACCAGCAAUGUAUCAGUUGUUCUACAUUUAAUUAUCUUGUUGGAGGCUUUUUUCCUCUGGUCCAAAAGACACGUUGCUCAAUGAUUUUAAACAGGGGGAACACAUAUUCUGCAUUGUUUUGUCUGAAUAAUAUUUUCUGAUUCUUUUACAGAAUAUACAUAUAGCAUCAUACUUUGUGUAAGCCCCUCAUCAAUAUCCACUAAAAUCUCUAAUAAUUUGAUGUACUUCUUUACAUGAGAAUUUCAAAUGUGUUUACUCUUACAUUUAAUAAAA